UGUAUUCAUACGUAUGAGGAUGAAAAUUAAAGUCAUGGUAUCGAACAAAUAUUUGUUUUUUGUAAUCAUCGUUCUAUGUUUUUAUUCUUGUAGCUCGUCCAUCUUGCCCGGAACUCGCAAUGGAUGCAAAAUUCAAAAUGGAAAAAAUGAUACCAGAUACUGUUGCAGUGGUUAUUUUGAACAGAAUAAAUCAUGUCAUGAGUGUGUUGGGUCCCAUGGAUUUAACUGUACCAGCCCCUGCCCUCAUUCUUGGUACGGAGCCCUUUGUAGGUUCCGGUGUUCGUGUCCAGACGACGAGUGUGACCGAGUUAAUGGUUGUAACAAAGGCCCAGACAAAUCGAAUGUUCAGUCUCCGCCAGUUGACUCCAAUACAAAUCCAAAAGCAUAUGCGUUAAAAGCGGUUGAUACCUAUUCUCCACCGAAAACAACGCAUGUGGUUACAAAAUACGUAAAUACAAGUUUUCUGCAUGGCACGAAAUACGUCAAUACAAGUUUUCCGCAUAGCACGAAAUACGUCAAUACAAGUUUUCGACACAGAAUUCCACAAAAGUUUUCAUUGCAAGAUAACAGUACCGAGGCAAGUUUAAGGAGUAACAUCCAAGAAGUGAUUUGGAAAUUACAAAUCAGAGACUGGGUUGUCAUUUUCCUUAUUGUAUUGUUCGCAAUAUCAGCCACUGUCAUUGGAGUGAAGAUGUGCCAGAGAAAGAGGGAAAGAAACAGUCAGUUCAAUUACAAGAGACUUGCGGCAGAAAAACAACUGAACAGCGAGGACUUUUUCUUUGAGAAUGACUACUCGGACGUUUCAAUGAAAACCCCUGUGUUGACCGACUGCAAAGUUUGACUCUUCUGACAAAGAAUAAAUUAAUUGUUGAAAGUAAUGCCAGUGAUACUGGCCGUUUAUGUUGCGACAAGAUUGAUGCCUAUACAUUUUUUACAAGUUAAAAAAUGUUUGCUUUGAAAUAAAGCGCAGCAUCGUCAAUAUUUGAAGACGUCAAAUUAGUGUACUUCCGGCGAAUAACUGUCUUGCCGAUAGACGUCUCUUUGGAUGUGCAGAUUUAAAUAAGGGAGAUAACUCCUCAGUUGAACUAACCACUAUGAAUGUGAAUGACAAUGAUGUAAAAAAAACCACUGUACCAUCUCUUUAUCAUCAUCAUUUAUUAGAAAUACUUGUUUAUUGCAGGGUUUUUUUUCAAUCAUGGAAACGACAAAAAACUUUGUAGUUUUUUGUAGAAUAAUUUGCUCCAUACCACAUGGUUUGUCUUUUUGUUUCCCUAUUACUAUCUCGAUUUGUAACUUUGCAUGAACGCUUAAAACACUCAUAAACUUAUAAAAUUCUUUAAAUAUAAAUUAAAAGAGCGAUUAGUUUCGAGAAAUAAAAAACUACUUAAUUGUUGGCAAGAAUUAAAAUUACUUUUGUGAUCAUCUUUCCAUUUUCCGGACAAAUAUUGCAUUUUUCUUUUAUGGGAAUUGAGCAUGAUAUUUAGAUGUACGACAUAGGAUACACACUGACAUUUGUUAUGAAUUUUUAAACGCACGUCCUUUAAACGAUGUUUAUUUUCAGAUAUAAUUUAAUGAUUCCGGAAAUUUAUUUAAGAUAAACAUAUUCAAUUUCCCUCUUUAAUUACAUUGAGUUCAAGUGUUAGUUUGCAUAAGUAGAUACGUAUCAACUAUCUCGAUAGAGGAGUGUAUGAUUAUUAUUUCAAAUAUAUAAUGUCUACAUAAACUUGUUCUAAAUUAUGAGUUUGUAUUACGUAAAACUUUGUUUCACAUUGACAGUACAUGUAGUUUUUCACGUAAUUUAUCGUUUUGGCAUAUCAAUGAUAGUAUAUUUGUUGUGUAUUAACACCUACUUCAAAACAGACAGCUUAUAUAUAACUUAACGAUAUUCUUAAUAAAUUAGUGAAUAUAA